GAGUGGUAUCCAACAUGUCCGCCGAUCCUUCGUCCUUAUCGUUCGUUUGAGUUUUUUCGUUAGUUUUUACGUGUAAAAACUAAGUGAAACCUAUGUUCCUAGUUUGUACCCGGCUUGUUUCGCCGUUCCCCAGUUUUUGGUGCGACUUUAGUGCUGGUUUGUGUCAAAUUAGUUAAGUUUCUGCUGAGGAAUGCAACAGGUAGUCGCUCGUACAGGACUGUAGACCUUGGGUUGCCGCUAGAGCGCUAGCAGUCGCCAGCUGAGCCGAGCCGAGAGCGACAGUCGAGGUCCGGCGUUCCUUGCGUCUACACGUGAAACAGCUGUUGUGUCGUGAACGCGUCGACUAACCUCAAACUUGUGUCGGGGUGAUUGUUGUUGUGAUGGAAUUUGUGUAAGCCGUCAUGGAUUGCGGGGACAGUAAGGACUUCAAGGAGAGGACAUUGAGGACCCUGAAGCAAGGAUUGGGGCGCCUUUGGAAGCGAAGAUCUGUCACCAUAACGGAGUACGAUCCGUCCUACAAGGUGGUCUACUUGGGCAACGUGCUUACAGGAUGGGCUAAAGGCGAGGGGUGUGUGGAGAAGCCGCUGUGUACGUUGUGGAAGAACUACACGUCCAGCUGCAAGGCGGAUGUCCACAUGAAGGUGACCAUCACACAGGCUGGCCUGAAAGCUGUCACCAAGGAACAUGGACUGACGGAGUACUGGAGUCACCGCAUCACCUACUGCGCUGCUCCACCCAACUACCCCAAGGUAUUCUGUUGGGUCUAUCGGCACGAAGGACGCAAGCUGAAGCAGGAACUGAGAUGCCACGCUGUGCUGUGUUCCAAGGAGUCAACGGCCCGAAGGAUGGUCACCCAGCUCAACUCUCGAUUGGCUCAAGCCCUCACGGAGUUCAAGCGGGACAAGAUAAGUCGUCAGAACGCAAGACUGUCAUUGGCCAACUCGGUGUAUGACAACCCGUCCUUGCCUCGCAGGAAGAUCCUUUUGUCCACUGGGUCCCAUAACUACCGACCGCCCUUGGAGAGGUCAAAGUCUGCACCCAAACUGAUGUCCAUCGAGGAGAGUCUGGAGGAGGAGGAUGAGUGCAGCGAUACCAGGAGAUCAGUAAGAAGAACGAGGCCAUCUUGUCCAAAAGAAGACGCUUUCAAAAAGGCUAGAAGGAUGAGCUGUGGAGGGCUCAGCGAGAGACUGAUGAAGAUCGACACCAACGCCUUGAGGAGUUUUGGCGAGAAUAAAAUCACCAACUCAAGUAGCGAAAUGAACCUGUUAAAUGAAACAAUAGACGAGGAAGUCAUCAAGAAUGAAGAAAUAGACGAUAAGGUUGUUUUAAUAAAUCCAAGUGGAGGAGACGUUGUGAAGUUGGCAAGGGAGAUGAAGAGGAGCAUCAGUCUGCAAAGUCACGUGGAAGACGAUGACACAACAACAGACGGAGAGUAUGAUGAUGACAUGGAUACCAACAGCAAGAUAUCAGAAGAAGACUACCAUGAGGAUGAUACUUGCAGUAUAAAAACAUUAGGAGAGUGUGAGGUCUUAUCAAGAGACGAAGAAGAGGAAUGCGUCAGGUUACCUUCGGUCGAGGAAGAGUUAGUAGAAACCAGUUUACAAGAUUCAAUCGUUGAAAAAGUAGUUGAUGGCUUUGAAUUGGAUUCUAUUAGCUUAGAAUCGAGAACCAACAGUUUAGUGAGGGAUAGAAGAAAGAUGUUUGAGAAACAGGUAGACAAUUCGUCGUCGGAUGAUAAACUCAAUGAAAAAGAUUCUCCAGUAUCUGGAAUGCUGGUGCAAAACAGGAGAAAACUGUUUGAAAAUGUGCUCAACCCUGAUCUACAAGAAAUCACAGGAAAAGUUUUUCAAGAAAUUACGGAACAGACUGUUCUCGAUUUGGAUAGAUUUAGUAGAACCAGGCUAGAAAAAGGAUACGUGGACUUAGAGGAAGAUUCUACGCCAAGCCUUCAAAGUAUUUCUAGCGGUUCAGAUACCUCUACGUCUCGAGUGCUUGACUUUAGAAUGGUCGGAGUCAAAUCAAACUAUGAUUUAGAUUCCUUGUCAGAAGAAGACAGUGACGAGAGUGGCUACGUCGAGUCCGUACCUCCUGAAGGUGACGACAAAGUCCGAGACCUUCCUCAUCACCAGUUGAUGAAGAGCUGUAUUCUCACACCAAAAACAACCCAGUGCGUACAAGUAUAGCAGUUACAGAAACCUUGUAAAUAGGCGUAUUAUCUAUCUUUUAGUUUUCUCGAAGAAGAAGUGAUACAGUCAAAUUUAAUUUUCUACAAAAUGUAAUCUAAAGCGAUAUACAGAUCAAGUAAGUACUUCACUACUUGUAAAUUAAAUGAAAUCAUUGAUUACUCGCACUAUUGUAGAUUUGUAUAGGAUAUUGAAUACAUCACAUUCCUGAGAUUACUAUAAGUAUUAUUGAAAGAUUUAUUUCAACUGUUGAAUUUAGAUUUACCUUACUUAAAUCUCAAGUUCUUCAUGGUUUAUCCAUAAAUCAAUGCUGCAACUGAGUGUCCUUGAUAUUUGUAUAUUGUCUUUUAUUAUUUAGUCAUGAAUGUAGCAAUAUAGUACAAUACUUUGCAAGUAUGUACGCAUUAUGUUUAUUCUAGUCACUUAACAUAGAAUCAUAUUAUAUUAAUGUUUUAUAUUACUUCUAUUUGGUUUGCAGUUUCCCAUUCUUAUGCAAUUAAUGAAAUGUUAUGUUACCACAUAUUUUAAUUACUCUUGAAAAAUAGACAGUUUUCAUAAAUUAUGGAAACAAUUGUACGGUAUCAGUAAUUUAAAGAUUAACUCUAUUCAAAAUAUUUUCUACGUUUCAAAACAAGGAUUGUUAAAAAACAUCUCUUCUAUUAAGUGAUGAGUCAAUGGAUACAGUGUAUGAUGAGUACAAAGAUUUUCCAUAAUGUAUUGUUAGAUUUUACGAGAUGAGACUGAUUGUUCUAAAUAAGUGCAUUCUUUCACAACAGUACUGGUCUUUAUCGAAUGAAGACAUGCCUGAUGAGAAUUUAUAUUUAGUUAUUAAAGAUAAUUAUUUGAAAGCCCCAAUAACAUGUUUGUGGAUCUGAGUAAAAUCAUAGACAAAAAGAAUUAAAUACAGACCGUCAGCUGUGCUGCGGUUACCAUAGGUUCUGGCGCACACCACUGGGAGCGCCAUGUAGUUACGGCGUACGUGCUACGCAACUACACGGCUUCCAGUGGUGUGCGCCAGAACCUAUGGUAACCAUAGCACGGCUGUCAGUCUAUAUUUAAUUGUUUUUGUCUAUGGUAAAAUAUAAUAAUAAAAUGUAUAUCCCAGCACUUGUACUCCUUGUCUGUAAGCCAAGUGUUCACAGUACAACAACCCUAGCAAUACGUUGUUACUGUUAGAGAGGGAAGACACUGAAUGUAUAAAAACCUGAUAAAUUUUGUACAUGAGUUGGAUUCACAUUCUAAUUCUGUUGAAAAUAUUAAUGUUUAUUAUUAUUGUGAAUUAUUGUAAAUAAAAUAAAUGUAUAUUAAAUUUGU